AUGAAGAAACAGCUGGGAGAGAGAGUACUAGCUUGGGUACUGCUACUCUGUUUGGGCUUCCAGGUGUGCUGUCAACGGUGUGGCAAACCCUGCCAAUGCCCAAGCUCUAUGCCAACCUGCCCUGUGGGUGUUCCACUUGUUUUGGAUGGGUGUCAGUGCUGCCAGGUGUGUGCAAGGCAGCAUGGUGAAACCUGUGAUAAUGUAUUUCCGUGUGACAGCCAGCGUGGCUUGCAGUGCGAUUACAGCGCCAGCUUCCCAGGCGACCCAGGAGAGUGUGUCAGUCAAGAGGAGCUGGGCUGCGAGCUGAAUGGUGUCACAUAUAAGGAAGGCCAGGUGUUCCAGCCGUCCUGUGCAGUCCAGUGUAGUUGCAAGGGUGGUGGUGUGACCUGUGUGCCUCUUUGCACUGAGGAUGUCCGCCUGCCCACCCCAGACUGCCCCCACCCACAGCGUGUCCAGCUCCCAGGGAAGUGCUGUAAGGAGUGGGUGUGUGAGAAUACGGAUAAUACAGUGUUUCAGGACGCCCAGAUAGAUUUGGCUGUCAGACCUAACCGUGUGUUGCCGGCCCUACCUGGUUACCAACCCAGUCCUGGCUAUAACUGCAUAGACCAAAGCACAGCGUGGAGCGCCUGCUCACGCACCUGUGGAUCAGGAAUAUCCACACGUGUGUCUAACCAAAACCCAGCCUGUCGCCUUGAGAUUCAGACGAGACUGUGCAAAGUCCGGCCCUGCCAGUCCGUGACUCAGAGAACUCCUAUGGGGAGGAGGAGAAAGUGUGAGCCCAGCUACCGGACACCAGUGCCCGUUCGUCUGGUCCACCACAGCUGCUACAGCGCACAGUUCUACCGUCCACGCUACUGCAGCCUGUGUUCAGACGGGCGCUGCUGCACGCCCUAUCACACUCACACCGUGCCUGUGAUCUUCCACUGUCCUGGGGGCCGCCUUCAGCGCCAUGCUGUCAUGGUUAUCAACUCCUGCAUCUGUCAUUUUAACUGUCCCUAUUCUGCAGUUACCCCCUACAGAAGGAACACCCUCUGGGGGUAG